CGGCCUCCCCCGCCUGCUGCAGCUGCCCCGGCCGGAGCGCUCCCGCCGCCCGCGCGCGUUCCGUCCGAGGGGGAUGGAGGCGGGCGCGGGUCGGCUCGAGGCGCUGCUCGUGGACGCGUGCGAGCAGCUGGAGCUCGGGAGGCGCCGUGCGCAGGAGGCGCUCCUGGAGCUCCGCGCGGGCGGCGCCCACUUGCAGCACGGGGGCGCGGGCGGCCAAGGCGGGGGCGAGGAGAGCCCGCGCCGGCCUGGGGCAAGGCUUACGGGAGCGCAUGCGCGGAACAGCACCGGCAGCGCAGCCCGUCGCCGCCGGCAGGAACCUGCGGCAGCGCGGACGGCGCCACUAGGAGCACGGGCUUCGCGAGGCAGCCAGAGCCGGCGGGGCAGCCGCAGGCGAGGCCGCGGCGUGCGCGCCACGCGGUCAAUUUCCGCAGCGCAUCUUCGCGCGGCAGCGCAUCCUCGUGCGGCACCGACGCGCCCACAAUGGCCGCCCUCGUGGCCGAGCGCUCCCUCGAGGUCCACCAGAAGCUGCAGGCCCUCCUGGCCGAGGGCUCCGCGGAGCAGCCGCCGCAGGCGGCGGGUCAGCCGCAGGAGAGGGCAUCGAGGAGGCUGCACUCGGGUCGCUCCCAGAGCGGGCCGGCCUCCGACCUGGACUCCAGCGCCAUCGCGGAGAGCCCCGUCGAGCCGGGGCGCUGUCAGCCGCACAUCUGGAGGUGUACGGAGCACAACAGCGGCGAGGACCAGGCGCGGUCGGUAGCGUUGGGGGCGUUGCCCAUGGUCGCUCCCCAGAGGUCAGUGCAGCCUCGCUCGCGGCGCCCAUCCGUGCGAUCCAUGUGGUCUGCUGCAAGAUCCAUGUUCGUCGGUGACAACCUGUCGUUGGCACCAGUGGAGUCUCAGCCAGGGGCGACCAGCGCCAUGGACAUGAUCGAGCACGACACUGUUCGCUCCUACGACCUGAAGCCGUUUUGGCGCCAAGCGACGCCACGUCAUGAUGUCUGCUCUGCUGAACGUGGAACCAGCUUUAUGGGGUCGCGAAUGCCUUGGCCAGUCCGGAAGUGGCUCUCCCGAUUUGACGUUGGCCCGUCCUUGACGCGAUUCCGGGUGAAGCAGUUGGUGACCAGUGCGAGGUACGAGGUGUGCGUGAUGAUGCUAAUCAUGGCCAACUCAAUCUUUAUUGGCUAUCAGGUGGAGCACGAAGCACACACCCGAAAAGAGAUGCAGAGGAGCCUGGAGAUCGAGGCGUUCUUCUGCGUGGUGUUCACCCUGGAGCUGGUCGUGAAGGUCUACGCCCUGAGCUGGACCUUUUGGUCGGGCAGCGAGGUGUCCUGGAACUUGUUCGACAUUUUCGUGGUCGUGCUGAUGAUCCUGGACUUCUUCGUGAGCGUGUCCCAGCCGACGGCUGAGUCGUCGCUGUGGUCCCAGGGCCAGGUACUCCGCGUCCUCCGCGUCCUGCGGGUUGUCAGAUUCAUGCGCUCGGUGAGGCAGCUCAGGUUCUUCAUGCAGCUGCGGAUCAUGAUCCAGUCCAUCAUGUUCUCGCUGCGGCCCCUGCUCUGGGCAACUAUCGUUCUCGUUGGCAUGUUCUACAUGUUCGGGAUAAUCCUGACUCAGGGGGUGAUCGACAGCCUCAAGGAGCACGACUCGUGGGACGACGAGUCAAGCGCGGAGCUGCGAUCCUGCUUCGGCACCCUCGAGGGCACUGCGCUCUCGCUGUUUCAGGCGAUGUCCGGCGGCAUCAACUGGGGGGAGCUCUUCGCGGUGCUGUCGCCUCUUGCUCUGCCUUUCAAGUGCGUGUUCUUGUUCUACGUCCUUUUCGCGAUAUUCGGUGCAGCCAACGUCCUGGCGCUUCUGAUGGGGCUGACGGUUUUUCGUGGAGAUCGCCAACCACUGGGCGCGCAACGAUAA